AUGCUGCCAAGUGUGCAAAAUGCAGACAAAGAUGUUGCGAGCAAAGCCUUUUCAAAUAGACAGCAUAUCACCGGUCGAAUCGUCCGAGAGAUGAAUCCUCUUGCGAAUGAUACCGAUGAAUGUAUGGAAGCAACUAUUGAUUUCUGGGAUGCAGGAGAACCUGAUGCACCAUCUAAACCCACAGCUUCGAAUGCUAUCAGCAAAACCAAGAACGUUCAUCAAUCGAGUGAUGACGACGAGUUGAAUCUGAUCUGUGAGGUGGCAAGUGACAGUGAAAUGCGAUCGACAUCAGCCCUAAUAGCAUCAACCUCUUCUCUCGUUUCGUCCGCUUCAACUUCUGCAUCAUCGUUCUAUCCUGCAUUCAAUUCAACGAAUAUAAGCAACAAUUCAGCUAAAAAUUCAAACAAUAAUCGAUUGCCUGCGAUUGGUUUACGCUCGAAAAGUGGAAGUUCAAUGAAUUACAAUCUAAGCAACAACAACAACAGUUCCAAUAAUGCGACCAAAUCGCAACGUAGUAAUGGUCUUCUCAAAGAUGAGAAUGACUCAACUUCUACCACUUCAAUUGUAUGCGAGGAUGCCAACGAUAAAAAAUUAGGCAAGGCUAUCGUGCGAUCAGUGCAUGCGGGUAACGUGAUCAUCUCUGAACCAUUCCGAAACAUCUUCCAACCAGCGUCUACGAUUGCGAAUAUGCACAAAUCUGCGAAGACCACUCCAACGCCAAUUAAGAUUGAUGAUUUGUAUAGCGAACUAGCCGAAAAGACUGGACAGUUGGAUAUUGCGAAUCGGAAGAUAACUGAAAAAGAUCAACAAAUCAAAACGCUCCAAAAAAGAAUCAAUGCACUCGAAAAAAACAGUCAGCAUCAACAAGAAAUUAUCGAAGUGAUCAGAGAUGAGGCGAUUUCUGAAAGCGACAAGGUUCGGAAGAUGGCCAAAGAACGUAGUGAACUGCUCUUAAAGAAUGCUUCGUUGAUACAUCAGUGUAACACUUCUUAUAUAAUUUUAUUCGUUGCUGAAACAGCAGCACUGAUAUAUAUCCUAAUGAAACAGUUUCUAUUUUGGAUGGAUUAUGAGAAACGCGAAUGGUCUCUUGAGAGAGAACGACUGUCAAUUGAACUGAACGAUGUCACAAGGGAACUUGAUUUACAAAGGAUGCUUCUCAAUGGCGAAAGUAUUUCGGAGAUUGUUCAGCAGUGGGAAAGCAAGGUGUUUGAUUUGGAAGGAAUGAUCGCGGAUCGAGAUGCUGCAAUACGCGCACAGCAGCAACGAAUCGGUGAGCUCAAGCAAGUUGGAUGGAGAGGAGGUGCCGAAUCGUCCAGCAAUGAGUCGAUCUCAUCAAGGAAAGCUGUCAAUUACAACUACGGUGGAAACGCUCCAGCUGGCUCGACCCAUUUAAAGACCCCAACCAAUCAAAAAUAUGCACAAUUCUUGCGGUCGCUUAGCAGUACGAUCGGUCUCUCGCACAGCGACACUAUCAACUUAGCCGAGUGUUUGAAAAGGCAAGACAUUAAAAAUAGUCCAAUUUCUUGA